AUGCCACAAAUGGGCGUCCAGCCGGUUCCUGUGCAGCCUAUUCGACCCCUACUGCCUGGAACCGUGGGCCUUAUAAUUGGCAGAGGAUCGUUAACUUUAAACGGUCUUAUUGUCUACCCUGGGGUAGUUGACUGUCAACAUAGCCCCGAGAUCCAAGUCCUGUGCUCAUGCCCAGGAGGAGUCUUUUCUAUCACCAAAGGAGACAGGAUAGCUCAGUUAUUGCUCCUUCCAGAGGUUGCCAAACCUUCAGAGCCUGGACGAGAAAAAAUGGGCUCCUCGGGCAUGGAUUCCGCCUACCUGAUGGUCUCCCUAAAUGAGAGACCUAAGCUAAAGUUGUGGGUUGAGGGAAAAUUGUUUGAAGGCAUUAUGGAUACUGGUGCAGAUAAGAGUAUUAUUUCCACCCAUUGGUGGCCAAAGUCUUGGCCUGUCAUUAAGUCCUCACAUUCUCUACAAGGCCUCGGUUAUCAGGCCAGUCCUACUACUAGUUCCGCUACCUUGUCCUGGAAAACGACAGAGGGACAAGAGGGACAUUUUACUCCCUACGUGCUUCCGCUCCCCGUUAACCUCUGGGGGCGUGAUAUUUUACAAAAGAUGGGAGUUAAGUUGUCUAAUGAAUACUCCUCUCAAGCUAAGGAGAUAAUGGCCAAGAUGGGUCAUAAACAGGGAAGGGGUUUAGGAGCCAGGGAACAGGGCCGGGUUGAACCCAUUCUCCCUGAAGGCAACCCAGGUAGACAGGGUCUGGGUUUUUCCUAGGCGCCAUUGAGGCAGCACGACCCAUUCCGUGGAAAACGGAGGAUCCGGUGUGGGUUCCUCAAUGGCCAUUGUCCUCCGAGAAAUUGAGGGCAGCAACACAGAUAGUACAGGAGCAGCUAAGGCUUGGACAUCUUGAACCGUCCACCUCUCCCUGGAAUACCCCGAUAUUUGUAAUCAAAAAAAGGUCGGGAAAAUGGAGAUUGCUCCACGACCUGAGAGCCAUUAAUAAACAGAUGAACUCUUUUGGCCCCGUACAAAGGGGUCUUCCGCUUCUCUCCGCCUUACCUAA